AAAAUUCCAAUCUUCCUCGCUGCUGGAUUACCGCAUAAUGAGAAGCACGUGGCUCUUACUACUGCCGAAUAUUAUGCGUAUCAACUCGAGAAGCACAUUUUGGUCAUUUUAACUGAUAUGAGUUCAUACGCAGAUGCUUUACGUGAGGUUUCUUCCGAGGUACCUGGUUGUGUUGAAGAAGAAACUGUAAUUAUGCAAGUCCAAAUUUUACAAUGUCAAACAAUG